AUGGAUUGGCUUCAACCAAGAAGGAGAGGCCCGGAGUGGAAGCAGGGAUGGACCAACCAGACCUUCGCCUCGAUGUCCGCCCCUCCCCUCCACCUGCUCUUCGUCUUCUUCAUCGCCGUCUCCCUGCUCUGGUUCUCCGGCCGCGCCCGCUACGAGGCCCAGCUCCGCUACUCCGUGCUCAACCUCCAGCUCCUCCUCUUCCUCCUCCCCCUCCUCGCCUUCCUCUUCGUGUACAUCUACUCCGGGGCCUCCCGGCUCAACUACCUCCUCUCCUGGCGGCAGCUGCGGCAUCCCAUGCAGCCCCACCUCCCUGGCGGUGUCGGUGGGGGCGGCGGCGGCGGAGGAGGGGGCGUGCCCUGGGGUGUUGCCAUCUUCGUGGUGCUGCUCCUGGUGAUGGUGUCGUACCACCGGUCGUUUCAGUCCAUGUGGUUCGGGCCUCUGCGAAGGUUGGACUGA